AUGAGUCUCAUAUAUAAAAAUCAUCUAGUGCUUCCAACAUUCAAACAUUCUGAAACUAUCACUGCUCAUAAAUCCUCUUCUUUGAGACCAAUAUAAAGAUUUUAAUCGGUGACUCGUAUUAGACAAGGAAAUUCAAGCAAAAUUCCUCCUCUCAAUAUCACUGCCUUGCCUGGAAAUGAGAGUAGCAUUAACGCAGAAAGUUCAUUAACAUCAAGAUAAAAACUGUUACCAAUUCUUACUCCUAGAAUAUAGAGAAGUGAUGAAUAAAAUUUGCAUGAUUACUUAGAUCAUCUUCAUUCGAUUAGGAAAUCUAAAUAGCCAACAAAAUAGGCUGUAAUGAAAAAAAUCCGUACUGAAACUGAAAUAAUGAAACUAGAAAGCUAAACUUUAAUAUAAAGAUUUAAGAAAGUCAAAGAAUAGCAGGAAUAAAAAAAAUAAUAUUCAAUUUUGCAAACCAUAAAGAAUCCUUAUGCUUAGCAAUACAUUAAUUUUAGUAAAUAAAUAUUUAAUUUAAUACAUAAUUUACAUUAAUUAAAAGAAUAUUUAAAUAAUUCAAGAAAGAUGUUUUAAGUAGUAAAAAAUUUAAUCGGUAUGAAAAAGAAUUUAAAAAAGAUCUUAUUAAAAUAAUCAGCCGAUGAUUUAGUAGAUUUUUAGGACAUAGCCAAAAUGUGUUGUAUUCGAGAGAUACAGUAUAUAAAUGGAGAAUAAAGAAUGAUAGAUAAAUUUGAUUUGUCCUUGUUGGAUGAUCUCACAUAUAUGAUUGAGGCAAUUGAGAGUUUGUUACUAUAAAAUAAGUUGAAUGCAAUCAAAAGAAUGAGUGAUAAUAUUUUGAUAGAAGAAAGUGAAAUUUCAAAGUUAAGAGAAUAAUUGGGAAUGAGAGAGGAGGAUUAAAAACUAUCAGUCUCUACUUUGGCUAUGCAGAGAUUUAAGCCUCAUGAAGAAUUGGAAAAUAUAGAACAAAGAUUAGGAUAACUAUCAUAAAUACCAAAAUAAUUCAGAUAAACCUCAUAAGUGUUAUGUGAAAUAGUUGAUAAAUUAAACGAAUGA